AUGGGAAUACAAGGCCAUAAAGGAGAUUUGGGAGGAAAAGGAGAAAAGGGAGAGGCGACUCAGAAACUGAACCGGAAGCAAUGUGUGUGGAAGAGAGAAGAUGGCAAAGACUCUGGACUUAUUCAGGAAUGUCGCUUUAAGAAAAAACAAGGACACACUGCACUGCAUGUGGCAUACGGAGGAACUCUGCGUAUCAAUUGUGGCGGUUGUUGUUCUCGUUGGUUUUUUACAUUUAAUGAUCAAGAGUGUACAGGACCCAUGACAAUUGAUGCAGUAUAUUAUACUGCUGCAAGAAACGACAUUCAUCGUCACAGACAAAUUGAAGGUUACUGUGAGAGCAUUCCAGCCGGUGACGUCAGAGUUGGAUUUCAUGUUGGGAAAUGUUCCGGUUACGGUGUGGCAGAUGUUUACUCUGGCUGGAACUCCGUAUCUCGAAUAAUGAUUGCAGAGAUGCCACCAGCUCAAUAG